GGCUGAUCCUGAUCCAAUCAACAGCUUCCGUCCGAAACCCUUCCGCACAUUCACACACUGAGCUCGAGCGCACACAUAGCGGAACACGGGUCAGUUUCCUGUCUGAACAGUUUGGUGUAAUCUAGCUUUCUGGCUCCCGACCGACCCUCAGCACCUGCCCGCUGACACCAGUGUACCUGAGGAUCUGCCGCCCCCCCUCCUCCCCAGAUGUAGAGGGAGUUGUCAUCUGCAGCAGCCGUGUACACAACCCUUGUGCUGUCCAGUGAAGUUGCCCACCAUGCGUGAGUACAAGCUAGUGGUGCUGGGAUCAGGAGGCGUGGGAAAAUCUGCACUGACAGUCCAAUUUGUGCAAGGCAUUUUUGUGGAGAAGUAUGACCCGACAAUAGAAGACUCCUACAGAAAGCAAGUCGAGGUUGACGGGCAGCAAUGUAUGCUUGAAAUCCUGGACACGGCUGGAACAGAACAGUUCACGGCUAUGAGGGACCUGUAUAUGAAGAACGGCCAAGGUUUUGCUUUGGUGUACUCCAUUACAGCGCAGUCAACAUUUAACGACCUACAGGACCUCCGGGAACAGAUCCUGCGAGUAAAGGACACUGAGGAUGUUCCUAUGAUCCUGGUGGGAAACAAAUGUGACCUGGAGGACGAGCGUGUGGUUGGCAAGGAGCAGGGUCAGAACCUGGCCCGUCAGUGGAACAACUGUGCCUUUUUAGAGACUUCAGCUAAAUCAAAGAUCAAUGUUAAUGAGAUUUUCUAUGAUCUGGUGCGACAGAUCAACAGAAAAACGCCGAUGGAAAAGAAGAAGACAAAAAAGAAGUCAAGUUGCACACUGCUCUAAAUGCCCUCCCACAGUAGCUCCAGGCCAGAAACUUGUAAUGAUUAACUGUUUCCCAGUGGAUCGUGUGCCAGCAUUCCCAAGUCCUCUCCAGAGCAUUUUGAAAAAAGGCUGACAAGAGAUACUUCACCACCCGCAAAAUGGCAGGAGACGGCACAUACUCUCUCUUCUCUGCUUUUUUUUAAUGGCAAAGAAAUCCACCUCUUCUUUGUAUUGGCAGCCUGAUGACAACUCUGUUUUUGUUUUUUUGUUUUUCUCUUCUCCAAGGUGUCUUUUCUUUUGGAAAUAUCAGUGUAAAAGAAGAAGAGGUCGUGGGUUUAAAUCCAUAUACGGGAACUAAAAAAAAAAAAUGUUUUUAUUGAAAGUAACAUCAAUCUUUGGCAUAUUGUGACAAUACGUUUGCAAAAGAAAACAUGUGAAAUGUUGGCCUUUCUCAUACAUUUCUGCACUAACAGUGUCAAAGAUGCAUCAUUGUCCAUAAGUUACUCGCUCCUACUUACAAGGAUGUGUAUUGACGAGAUAACAUCUUUCCUAAGUGACUUUGUUUUAUAUUGAAAGCUGCAAGCCUUCCAUAUUUCCCAUAAUAUAUUCUUCUUCCAUUUUUGCAUAAUAAAGCUAAGGAAAUUAGUAUUUUAUAGACUGACGGGGGGAAAAUGGUGUGUUCUGAUUUGUGUCUUGAGGCUGAAAAUAUAUUGUACUAAACCAACUCUAAUAUUGCUGUCACAGAUGAUUUUCCAGCUUUUAUGAAUGAUUAAAUUUUAGUACAUUUUCAUUA